GGCGACACCAUGAAUAUUACUGCUAUUGCCACCCAAGGCCGAAAGGACUCAAACGAGUACGUCACAGCUUACAUCUUGGAAUUUGGUCAGGAUGGAACUCUGUUCUCCAUAGUAAAGGCCUUUGAUGGCAGUCAGUGGAGGAUUUAGCUUGGACAGCAUCCCAGAACAACUACUAUCAGUAUCUAACAGUGGAGUUACCAGAUCUACAUGUUAUAACUCAAAUAGCUACCCAAGGGAAACAAAAUACCAGAGAGUAUGUCACCGAGUAUAUGGUGCAAUACUCAGAUGAUGGUGAUGUAUGGAGGAUAUACAAAGGUCCCACCGGAGACCCAAAGGCAUUCACUGGAAAUAAUGAUGGAAACACUGUAGUGACAAAUUUAUUUGAAACUCCCAUCAUUGCACGUUACAUUCGUGUAAGGCCAACAAGAUGGAGAGAUCGAAUUUCUCUCAGAUUAGAAUUGUAUGGGUGCAAAUACACUCGGCAUUCUGUAAGCUUCUCAGGCAAUUCCAUGAUUGCCAUGGAUCUAGAAAAAGAGCCCAUAACAUCUAUCAGAGACCACAUCCGUUUCCGAUUUCGUACAACAUUUCCAGAUGCCAUGUUGAUAUAUGGUCGUGGAACCCAAGGAGAUUACCUUGCACUACAGCUAGUUCAGAACCGUAUGGUUCUGAAUGUCAAUCUUGGUUCCAAAUUGAUGACAUCCUUAUCAGUUGGCUCAUUGCUUGAUGAUAAUUCUUGGCAUGAUGUCGAGAUACGUAGAGAGGGGCGAAAUGUAACUUUCCUGGUAGAUCGUGUCCGCAUAGAUGAAAUCAUUCGAGGAGAUUUUAAAAGACUGGAUCUGAACAGAAAACUCUACAUUGGGGGUGUUCCUAACAUCCAAGAAGGCAUGAAGGCUCGAACAAAUUUUACGGGGUGCAUGGAAAAUUUGUUCAUUAAUGGGACAGCAAUAAUUCCUCAAAUGAAAGAACAGAAUGAUUAUUAUGUAUACUACUACAGCCGUCCAAAAUAUGUCAUCACCAAUACUGCAACAACCUGUGCUUAUGGAGACUCAUCUGAAACACUAACAUUUUUGAAGAAAGAAGCUCACUUGCGUUACCCUGCUUUUGAAGAUCAACGCUCAAUAAAUGUAUCGCUAGAAUUUCGCACAUAUGAAGAUGAGGGAGUUCUUAUAUACCAUAAGUUUUCAACUAAUGGGUAUUUCAAGGUAUACCUUCAUGAGGGGAAAGUAAAAGUGGAUAUUUCAGCUCCUCAGACUCAGGGAAAAGUCAUAUUGGACAAUUUUGAUACUACUUAUAAUGAUGGGCGCUGGCAUCAAGUUAUUUUUACCAUUGCUGAUAAUAAGAUGGAGCUGACAGUAGAUGGUGUCCCGAUGAAAACAACACGCAUUGUAUCCAUUAUAUCAGGAAAAUAUUUCAUUGUUGGAGGUGGUGUGUAUGGUUCUGUAGGUUUCUUAGGUUGCAUGAGAAGAAUUUCUGUUAUUGGAUUCAAACAAAAACCUAAGGAUGAGGAAGUCAGUGAUCUUAAAGGUGUUGUGUUAGCUGCUUGCCAAAUUAUCGACCGAUGCAAUCCUAACCCUUGUGAGCAUGGAGGUCGUUGUAAGCAAAACUCAGAAGAAUUUUUUUGUGAUUGCUCUGGCACAGGGUAUUCGGGAGCUGUUUGUCACACAUCUUUGAAUCCAGUAUCGUGCGCUGCCUAUGGCAAACAGAACCCAGGCUCAAAACGUGCUGAAGUUUACAUUGAUAUUGAUGGCUCUGGACCUCUAGCACCUUUCCCAGUUACCUGUGAAUUUUAUAAUGAUGGCAAGGUGUUUUCCUAUCUAGGACAUAAACAUGAAAUGACAACAACAGUUGAUAGUUUUGAGAAACGAGGUUCAUAUGUGCAAGAUAUAAUAUAUGAUGCAGGGAUGGAUCAAAUUGAAAUAUUUGUUAACCGAUCUACUAAGUGUCGACAACGCAUCCACUACGAGUGUUUGAAAGCUAGACUGUUCAACACUCCCUCUCCCGAAAAUCAAGAAUUCUUGCCCUAUACAUGGUGGGUAUCUCGUAAUAACCAGCCGAUGGAUUACUGGGGAGGAUCACUUCCAGGAUCACGUAAAUGUGAAUGCGGUCUAAUGGGCACCUGUGUUAUGGGCAAAUGGUGUAAUUGUGAUGCUGGUUUAGAAUCAUGGCUUGUUGACAGUGGUGAACUGACAGUGAAAGAACACCUCCCUGUGCGGCAACUUAGAAUAGGUGAUACUGGGUCUCCAUUGGAUGGCAAGAAAGCACGUUACACACUUGGACCUCUUAUUUGUGAAGGCGACAAUGUAUUUGAUAAUGUGGUCACAUUCCGAAAAGCAGAUGCAACAAUCAAUUUGCCUCGUUUUGAUAUGGCUCAUUCUGGAGAUAUUUAUUUUGAAUUCAAAACGACCACAAGAGAUGGCUGUUUUGUACAUGCCAAAGGCUCUUCAGAUUACAUCAAAGUUUCCAUUGUUGGUGGUAUGCAACUUCAAUUCCAGUAUCAAGCUGGAGCAGGUCCUAUGAGUGUUAGUGUGGAAACUGCUUAUUUACUCAAUGAUAAUGAAUGGCACUCAGUUCUGGUUGAACGAAAUCGCAAGGAAGCUCGCAUGAUUAUUGAUGGUGGUCGUAAAGCUGUUGUGAAGGAACCCAGUGGUCCUGUACGGGCAAUACACCUAGAGUCAGAUUUUGUUGUUGGUGCCACUGUUGACUACCGUGAUGGGUAUGUAGGUUGCAUUCGAGCCUUGAUUUUGAAUGGUGUCCUUCAAGAUUUGCGUGGAAGAGCAGAAAAGAGCAUGUAUGGAGUUCAUGGUGGAUGUUUAGGCAAAUGUCAGUCAAGUCCUUGUCUUAACAAUGGAACAUGUCAUGAAGGGUACUCUAAAUAUGAAUGUGAUUGUCGAUGGACUGCAUUUAAAGGCCCAAUAUGUGCAGAUGAGAUUGGCAUCAAAAUGCUGACAGAUACUAUGGUGAAAUAUGAGAUUCCAGGAACCUACAAGUCUACUAUCGCUGAAAAGAUUAGAGUAGGAUUUACUACCACAAACCCAAGAGGGUUCCUGAUGGGUCUUUAUUCAAAUAUGUCUGGAGAGUACUUAACUUUAGCUAUAUCCAAUUCAGGUCAUUUAAAAGUAACUUUUGACUUUGGGUUUGAAAGACAUGAAAAAGUGUUUAGCAAGCGCACUUUUCAUGAAGGCCAGAAUCAUGAUGUCAGACUAUUUCGAUCAGAUUCAGGAAGGAAGCUAACAAUGCAGGUCGAUAACUAUGAGCCUGUGUCGUGGAUAUUUGAUGUUAAAGGAUCAGCUGAUGCUCAGUUUAAUAAUAUACAAUAUGUAUAUAUUGGCAAGAAUGAGAGCAUGGCUGAAGGAUUUGUCGGCUGCAUAUCCCGUGUUGAAUUUGAUGAUAUCUAUCCGCUCAAGUUCUACUUCCAGGUGGACCGCCCAUCAACUGUCACUGCAGAAUCAACAUCGACAAUCUUCGAAGACUACUGCGGCAUCGAACCAAUUCGUUACCCUGAGGAGGAAACAGAAACCAGGCCUCCGCCAGAAAUCUCAGAAGACGUCCUCCUCGAAAUGUAUUCAGAUAAUUCGGCAGUCCUUGGCGGAGUUUUGGCAAUCCUGUUCAUUGCAUUGCUGUGCAUGGGGUUCUUAAUUGGGAGAUACAUGGCCCGUCACAAAGGUGAUUACCGCACUCAUGAGGCGGAUGGCGCAGACACUGCACCGGAUGCAGAUUGGGCUGUGCAGCAUUCUAUGACAGGGCAUCAAGUUAAAAAGAAUAUGGAAAUGUACAUUUAAUAGUUUGCUGGCUAAAGAGAAAGGAUUUCAUCCCAACAUCAUUUUACAUUGCCUGGAACCAUAGUCACAUAUCUCAUGUAGAAUUUCAGGGAAAGCAGGAGAAGCAAACUGUUGCAGAAGUGAACCUCUCUUCAUGAUGUAUAUUUUAUAAAGGACAUUUUAUGUAUAAAGAAAGAGGUACAAUGUAUAGUGUAAUAUCUGUGUAAUAUUUUUGCCAAUUUAUUGUACAAUAUCCUGCCAGCCAAUUUUUAGUAGUAUUGCUUGUUGGAUUAAAUAAACCCUAACCCAUAUUUUCAGUGAUCUUAUGCUGCAGUGAUGUAAUAUUUAGUUUUACUGUGACAUAAUUUAAGCAUCUUCGUUUACUAUUGCUAGAACUCAUAUGGUCUCUUAAAAUAAUACACCCAUAUUUUUAUGGUGUUAUAUAUGUUCACAUGCGUAUUUACCUAAAUACCAUUC